CUCCAGCCAGCCUUGAGUCUGGUACACACACAGAAUCAGCACAGAUUGGGAACAUUGCUUGAUUUGGGGCAUUUUUCUCUCCGCAGCAAGGAUGAACAAUAGCUUGCCAGAGGAGAAUGAUGAGUCCCAAUACCCAGACAAACUCUUUUCUGAAGACUAUGACGCCGGAAACAAUUCCGUGAAUGUCUGCAACGGUGCUACUGCACAGUCAGUUCCUUCCCAUCAUAACAUGGCUAAUAGACAGCAGAAAUAUCCAUCUAGCAAAGACACUGGGUAUACCUCCCAGGUUAAUGACCUAAUGGGUCUGGAAAACCUGGAACCACCAGACUCGCUCAUGUCAGAAAGGAACAUGGAAGAUUUUGGGCCUUUUAAUCCCAGGAACUGUAUGACAGACAGGGUGUCUCGCCAGCAAUGGGUUCAUCCCCCUGGGCAACCACAGAAUGUCUGUAGGCCAUGUCACCUCCCAAAUAUGCGAGAAUUUAGGGCAAAUGAUAGUAUGCAUCAUCCGGGGGUCAUUCCACAUCAUUCUCCUCAAAACAAUGGACACGUUAUUCAACAAAGACCGGUGAUGAGUGAUCAACAAUCUCCAAGUGAUCCAAGGGUAGAACUGAGAGAGCCUCCAAAUAAUUUUGAAAAUGAUCGGUGUUUUCAAAGAGGCCGGGAGAUGGGAUCGCUGAUCCCAGACAUGACCAUGGCCAAUAUAGUGCUAAUCUCCAAACGCGUUAGAAACCCAACGGUGGUGGGAAACUACAGACUGAUUUCCCUCAUUAACACUGACACGAAAAUCCUCGAAAAGAUUCUCGCAGAGAGGCUGAUGACCAUGCUCCCCCAUUUAAUCCAUGCAGACCAGGUGGACUUUAUGCCCUGUCAACAACUAUAUAAAAACACCAGAAGAGCAGUUGACCCCGCCUUGAAUGCAAAGGAGGUGAAAGUCUUUAUUACCUAUUCUAAGGACGUCGCUGAGGAGGUCAUACGCCUUGCCGGUUUUCUUUUCAAGAAUGGGUUCAUGACAACAGUUGACAUAUUUGAGCAAUCAGUACUAGGGAUGAAUAUCCAGGUUUGGAUGGAUGAUAAACUUAAAGAUAUGUCCAUGAAGAUAAUAAUAGCCAUAAGCCCACAGUACAAGCUGGAUAUAGAAAAAUAUGGAGGAGCUAUCAGCAAUGAACAUGGCUUGCACACCAAAUAUAUCCACACAAUUAUGCAGAAUCAGUUCAUUCAACAAGGCAGCAUAAAUUACAGAUUCAUUCCCAUCCUUUUUCCAAAUGCCAGUGAGGAAGACGUACCCAUCUGGUUAAGAAACACCAUUGUUUAUCGCUGGCCUUAUGACAGAGAAAAAAUAGUCCUACGAUUAAUGUGCCAGGACCCAUAUGUUCAUGGUCCAAUUGGACCUCUUCCUACACUUAGAAUGACACCAAUUUGAAAAGCCUGAUUUUUG